CUGAGGCGGAUGGGCCUGGGGAAUGGGGGCUUGAAUUUGAGCGGGGAAAAUGCCCUACCCAAGACCUGAACCUUCCCCUCAGGAUAUUGAUGCCUUGUCAAGAUAUGGAGAUUAAUUAUUUGUGUUUGGGAGCAGCAGGACUUGGGAUCAGAGACCUCUCAAAGGUUUUAUAAACCAAGCACAUAAAGUCCUAUUCAAUUUUUCUCAUCUUCCAUCUCAUUUUCAAACUUGUCUUACCUAUGGCAUUCAGGAGGCAAGUGAAAAACUUUGUGAAAAAUUAUUCAGAUGCUGAAAUAAAAGUCAGGGAAGCAACUUCGAAUGACCCUUGGGGUCCUUCUAGUUCUCUGAUGUUAGAUAUCAGUGACCUGACUUUCAACACAAUUUCUCUCUCAGAGAUUAUGAAUAUGCUAUGGCAGAGACUCAAUGACCAUGGGAAGAACUGGCGGCAUGUGUAUAAGUCCCUUACGCUAAUGGAUUAUCUCAUCAAGAAUGGAUCAAAGAAAGUCAUUCAACAUUGCAGAGAGGGGUUCUGUAAUCUUCAAACACUAAAAGAGUUUCAACACAUAGAUGAAGCUGGAAAAGACCAAGGUUACUAUAUCCGUGAAAAGACUAAGCAACUCAUAACCUUGCUGAUGGAUGAACAAUUGCUACGUAGUGAGAGGGAGGUAGCAUGUAGGACUCGACGGCGUACUUCCUACUCGGUGACAGUCCCUAAAAGAUUACCUGAUACAGGUAAUUCACCAACAGCAUGCGCUUCUGCUCCCACACCUGAAAUCCCAACUUCUGAGAAGAAGCAUAAACUUAUUAAUGUUGCAAGACUACGUCAUAAAAAAAAUGCUUCCAAAGUAGGACUGAGACAAGAGCAGAGCCAAGACAUCCAGUUGCCUAGUGGAACUGUGUUGACCCAGGAGACAUUACCACUCAAGGUUAAUGCCUGGAAAUCAACAGAGGACCUGAUGUUAUUUUCUGAGGAGGAUCCCAAGCCACUUUUGCCAACAGUUCCUCCUUCUGGUGUCUCAUCAAUCACAUGGUUGUCAGAAGGACACGAAGACAUUUCUAACCUCUGGGAUUCAGAUACUGUGCCUACUCCCUCAGAAAAAAGCCUAUCUCUGCAGACAAAUUUGAGUUCAGACAAGAAAUCAGAUAGCACCAUUACAAAUAUUAUAACAGAAAACUCUUUACAAACACCUCUAGAAAAGCAACCAACUGCAAAAAGUGUUGAAAUGUUGACAAGUUUACCAGCGCUUGGGUCAUCGAGCAAAGAAGAGUUUAUCAGUUCUAAUUUAAGGAUAUCAAAGUCAGAUUCUACCUUCUAUAACCAGGCCUCUGUAGAGACACUCUAUGUGUCUCCCUCAUUGAAAACAUUUGACCCAGCAAAGGAGACUGCCAUCAAUAAGAGUGAUCAGAAGCCAACACAAUCCAGCAAUGUUCAGAUGGAUGAUGGGAAUCGUAAGGCCCUAGCCACUUGGGUUUCAACUGCCUCUGAGGAAACAUGCUCCUUUUCUACUUUAUCUGUGUCAUCUCCUGACUCAGCUGUUCCGGAGAAAUCUGUUCAUCUCUUACCACCAAUUUUGUCUGGACCUUCCUUCUGGACUUUGUCUCGUCCACAGUCUUCCUCUGCCUUCUUCAAAGAUAAAAGCAAGACAGCCAGGGUUCAUCACCUAUUUGCUCCUAGGGGUACAGUAUCUUCAGAUGAAGAGGAAAGUGACAACUUCAAUCUCCUGGAGAUUUUUUCAGAUAAUCCUGAUUCUACUAAAAAGAAGACAGGUCAUAUGACUAGCAGUAAUUUGGUAGAGUUUUCCACCCAAAACGUAGACCACUUCACCUCUGUGUCCUGUUCUAGUCUUCAGGCAACCAAAUGCUUACCUGCAGAGCCUGAAGCAAGCAAUUCCAUUAAAGUCCUUCUAGGAGAGGUAAAAAACGCCAUAGUCAAAUUACACGAAGAUCUAAGCAUGGUAAUACGAGAACUUAAUAUCAUCAAUAGCCAUCUGGUAAGCAUGAGUGGGAAUAGUCCACAAGGAAGUAAAUCUCUGCAUUUUCCUCAGUCUCCUGAGGGAAACUUAGAUCAAAUCUAAAUUCCAGUAGCCAUUUUCAACAUAACUUACGUGAUUUCACCUCCCAAAGAAUACAAGUCAGCUGUUUAUAGUUUCUCAUUACUAUGGCAAAAAUAGGAUGAUGGUUUGACGUCUCCUUGUCAGGGUUUCAAACCAAUAAAAACCAUUUGAGUGACUUAUUUUUUUUAAAGAGAAAAUAUAUGCGUCAAUUUUGAUAAUAUUUUCAGAGCUAGAUAUUAGUUCCUUUGAAAUUGAAAAGAAUUUCAUUCUUUCAGGUGCAGUACUUUACCUUAAAAUAGAUUAAACACUAGUGAAAGCUAUGAAAAAACAAAUUGCACGUAACUAUUCUAAAACUUUUGAAUAAUAGCAAUAGCGUGUGGAAGACGCUAUUUCUCAGCAAUAUGGAGCUUCGUUGUCAACAAGUCUUUGUCUUAACUUAGCAAGAUUGACUCUGGGGGAUGUAUUUCACAUGUUUUCAUGCUAAGUUUCAGCUUCUGCAAACCAAAAGUCAGAAAAUCUUUCCCUUUUUAAGUUAAGACAAGUAGGAUAUGGAGCAAGUGUGCUUCUUGUUAAUGUAUAUUGCAAAGCAAAUUCAAAUGUAUACUCAUUUCUUCUACUUCAGAAAAUAAAUUUGAUGUUUUCAUCUUA